AUGUCCGGCAGAGGAAAAGGUGGUAAAGGUUUAGGUAAAGGUGGUGCCAAGCGUCACAGAAAGAUCUUGAGAGACAACAUCCAAGGUAUUACAAAACCUGCUAUCAGAAGACUGGCCAGAAGAGGCGGUGUCAAGCGUAUUUCCGGACUUAUCUACGAGGAAGUGAGAGCAGUGCUCAAAUCUUUUCUAGAAUCCGUCAUUAGAGACGCAGUCACUUACACAGAACACGCUAAGAGAAAGACGGUGACGUCGCUCGACGUUGUUUACGCGUUGAAGAGACAAGGCAGAACUUUGUACGGUUUCGGUGGCUAA